AUGUUUUCAAGCUUUGGGAGGUUUGAUAUGCAACCAUUCGCGAGUUUACCACAGCAAUUUCAGGAUUUUUUUAGAUGUUAUCCUAUAGAUGCUAUGCAAGGUAAUAAAAGUGACUAUAAUUAUGGAGGUAAAAUAUUUUUGCCUCCUAGUGCACUAAACAAGUUGAGUAUGUUAAAUGUCAGAUACCCGAUGCUUUUUGAAUUAGAAAGUCCCGACUCAAAAAGAAAAACACAUAGUGGUGUUUUGGAAUUUAUAGCCGAAGAAGGAAGAGUUUACUUACCAAAUUGGAUGAUGGAUGUUUUAGGAGUACAUACGGGCUCGUUACUCUUGAUAUCUUCCACUGAUUUACCAUUGGGCAAUUUUGUUAAGUUAGAACCACAAUCAACAGAUUUCUUGGACAUAUCAGAUCCAAAAGCAGUUUUAGAAAAUUCCUUAAGAAAUUUUUCUACUUUGACUAUGGAUGAUAUAAUCGAUAUUAAAUAUAACAACAAAAUAUACAGGAUAAAGGUUUUAGAGGUUAAGCCAGAAAAUGAAUCUCACGGUAUUUGUGUGUUGGAAACUGAUUUGGUCACCGAUUUUGCUCCUCCUGUGGGUUAUGUAGAACCAGACUACAAAAAAUUGCAAGAAGAAGAAAGGAUUAAAAAACAAAACAUGAAACCUAAGGCACCGAGCAUUGGUAGUAUGUCACGAAGAAUUGGUUAUGCAGAACAAUUGAAUUCCUCAUCCUCAACACACUUUUCGGGAGAGGGACAAAAAUUAUCCGGAAAAAUAAUGAAUGUUCCAACAAAAGUAUUAGAAAAUGAGGUGAAGCUUUCGUUGGAUAAACAACCUGCACCAUUGAACUUGCCGGAUGGUCAAUUAUUUUUUGGAUUCCCAUUUAUCCCACCAAAAAAAGAUGAUGAUGAUGAUGAUGAAGGAGAUGGCCAUGGAACCAAAUUAGUCAACUUUCAAGGUGAAGGGCAAUCCUUAAGAAAAGCUGCUAAGAGAAAGGGAAGGAAAGAGCAUACGGGUAGUAAAAGUAAAGCGACAAAAAGUCCUGAAAUUAUAGAGAUUGAUUAA